CCAUCACAUCCUGUCCCGUUAGGACUCUCCGUACACGAAUACUGAACUUUGUCUUUCGGUAAACACGAAGCGUUUUAACUGUGCAGCCAGAGCGAAGGUCGAUAACCAAACCACUCGGUUAAAGGCGGAAUGAAUGGUGCAGAUCUGUCGUUGUAUUAUUGAGUUCUAAUCGAAACGAGUGAGGAUCUAUUCGCCAUCAUCAUGAACUUUCUCUUGGAGACUCUUCAGGUGCUUUUCAUGUUACUGGUCUACAGCUUAGAAACCUUCGUUCGGCUUUUUAUACCGGCUCGAAGGAAGACUGUGUCCGGGGAGAUCGUGUUGUUGACCGGGGCGGGCAGCGGCAUCGGGCGCCUCAUGGCGCUGGAGUUCGCGCGCCUGGACGCGCGCCUUGUGCUGUGGGACAUCAACGAGGACGGGAAUAAAGAGACUGCUCGUAUGAUUAAAGAAAAGCACGGAGCGCGAGCGUACACCUAUACCUGCGACUGUAGCGACCGGGAGGAAGUGUACAGAAUCGCAAACCAGGUAAAGCGUGAGGUUGGUGAUGUCACAAUUUUAAUAAAUAAUGCGGGGAUCGUUACUGGGAAGAAGUUCAUGGAAUCUCCUGAUGCACUCAUAGAGAAGUCUAUGGAGGUCAAUAGUCUGGCACAUUUCUGGAUGUACAAGGCGUUUCUGCCCGCAAUGAUCGCUGGUAAUCACGGUCAUUUGGUCAGCAUUGCGAGCUCAGCUGGACUCAUUGGCGUGAAUGGACUGGCAGAUUAUUGUGCGAGUAAGUUUGCUGCGGUCGGCUUUGCUGAGUCAAUGGCGCUAGAGCUGCUGGCCAUGGGCUGUGAUGGAGUGAAGACCACCAUAGUCUGCCCGUUUUUCAUUAACACGGGCAUGUUUGAGGGUGCCAACACAAAAUUUCCUAGACUCAUGCCUAUUCUUGAUCCAGAGUAUGCGUGUAGGAAAAUUGUGGAUGCUGUCCGAAGGGAACAGGUUUAUCUUUACCUGCCUCGAAGCGUCUACAUCAUGAUUGCUUUGAAGAAUUGUUUACCCACUAAAGUCGGCGUGCUGCUUGGUAAAUAUCUCGGAGCGUUCAACUUCAUGGCUAAGUUCAAAGGUCAUGGGAAAAAGAGCAAUUAAUUUCCACCAUUAGAGGAACUGAGAAACAACCGGUGGACUGUUGGGAGAAGGAAAACAAAGCAGAGCUGCCGGGAGUGAUGGACGAGUUACACAUUAAACAAACAUGAAAAAUAGAGACAUGGUAAAAACUGACCAAUUUGCACUUCUUACAUUCAGCACUUCUGUUUUAACCAUUACAGUGAAGCAGUUUCUGUGUUUAAUAAUACCAACGUUAAGCCUCAUUAGCCAUUUGCAUUUAAUUUGCACUGAAGAAACCAUUUUAAUGAAGAAAAACUGACUCUAGGGUUUAAAUAUUGUUUCUCUGUUGGUUUUUUUUACAUCUUCUUGACCAGAUGUGAAUUACCUUAUUUAAUUACUCACUUAAUGACUGACUGAUUGUAUUAUGGAAGCGGGUCAUUUUGUACAUUAUCUUAGCCUACUAAUAAAUCUGUUAAUUAUAA